UAUAGUGUCGCCCUUCAGGAGGCACUGCUCACAAUUAGUCCUAUAAAAGGCGAGCUCGUCAUAAGCUCGCUCUCUGUUCCUCCCCGGCCACCUAAGAGUAAUAAAGUAGUUAACAAGGCCAACCCAACAAAAGUCUUUCUCUCGCCAGAUAUAUCAUCUGGCGACGAGGAUUUAAGUACCACGUAUUGUAAAAAGGUGCGUAAAAGUGCAAUAGUGCAGUGUAGUGAAAAUGGCAGCGCUUGUGGGAGCCAUCGAACCCUAUAUCCCGGGUGAAAAUUUCAACCACUAUCGUCGCCGCAUGGAUCAUUUAAUGGCGGCCAAUGAUAUAGAGGAGGGAAAAAAGAAAUCCGUUACGAUUUCUCUCAUGGGAUCGAUUUGCUACGCAAAACUCGUUUCCCUAUUGGCCCCGGCAUCUCCCGAAGAUGAUAGUACAACGUACAAAGAGAUGAUGGACACGUUGGAGGAGCAUUUUAAAGAAUCCAACAAUGUCAUAGCAGAAAGAUGCCAAUUCAACAUGCGAGUCCGCCAAGAGGGAGAAAGCGUUGAAGACUACAUUGUGGAAAUCAAAUCCAUGGCACAGGAAUGUCACUUUAACAAUUGUCUGGAGGAGUGUCUGCGUGAUAGGUUGGUUAGUGGUAUAAACGACAAGCCACUUCAAUCCAAGCUGAUCUCUAAGAGAGACCUCACAUGGGAGAGAGCAAGAGAAUUAUGCAUAGCAGAAUUCCGGGCCAGACGAAAUGUGAAGCAGAUGGAAAAAUCCAUGUCAGGAGGGGCUGCAAUUCAUGUUUUGGAGACGCAAAAGAAGAUCACAAAGAGCCCAAACCAGCAGAAACAACGGUUCCAGGGUGGAGCGAGAAAGAAGAUUCAGGGGAAGCAGCAAAAAUCGAACAAUCAGCAAUCAUCAUCCAGUGGCAGUGUGUGUGGACGCUGUAAUCUAUCACACAAUAGAGGCGAGUGCAGAGCUUAUAACAGUAUCUGCCGGCAGUGUAAUAGGAAAGGCCACUGGGCUAUUUGCUGCAGAACCAAAUCUGAAUAAUGUUAGGGUGGACUUCGAGGUGGAUACGGGUGCUGCUUGCACAGUUAUUGGACAGGAGAAUUUCCUGAAAUUGUUUCCCGAAAAAAGAUUGGAACCAUGCAACAUUGAGCUAAGCCAAGCAGAUGGCACCGCGGCAAAGAUUAUCGGAAAAGCUCAGGUA